UAAUUUCACUUAGCAUGUAAACAAUACAGUUUCAUUUCCUGCCAUUCAUACGCCUAUAUAUCUAUUAGACUUUAUUGUUUUCAUGGCCCUGAAAAUGGAUUCGAUUCGAUUAAGCGAGCAAACUUCCCCAUUUUUCAUUUGUAUUGACGUUUGAAAAAAAUCACACUGAGAGAUACAUAGCUGUACAAGAUAUCAAUCAUUUUGCAUUCAAUAUAUCUGUCUUUACGGUUGUGCUGUCAGUUUUCUUCCAAUUCUCAUGAUUCUUCAUUGUGAAAACAUCAAAUUCUCUAUAACGGUUCGGCAUCGAUCUGUUGGGACAUGCACGUUGAUUUGCGGUCUCCAUGUAGUCACGUAGCUUGUGACCAUGUUUUAAUUGAUCUAAAGACGGAUUUUAUACAAUGGCAAUGGCUGCUGAAGUAGCAGAGCUAAACACAUUUGAACACGUUGUGGAUUCAUCUGACUUUGCGAAUGCUUCACGCUUUGAUCCUGACUUUAACGGGAAAAUUUGGAACAGUGACCCGAUCCCCUGGAACGGAUGGUGGGUACUCCUGCUGCUGGCGAUCUUAGGUAUCCUUGGUAACGCACUGGUAUUGAUGGUCCUCCUCCGCCCCAGACACAAACGCUCUUCCACUGAUACCUUGAUAGCAAAUCUGGCCUUGGCGGACUUGAUGACAUGUCUCGCAGUUACCCCGCUUCCCAUAGCGCAUGCCGUCAAGACCGUCCCCGAAAGUUCUGCUGGAUAUAUCUUCUGUACCUUUGUUCAUAUACCUUUCUUCUUGUUACUCUCUACGGUAGCGUCCAUACUGACGCUGAUGACGAUCUCCAUUGAGCGCUUUGUUGCCGUUGUGCAUCCAUACACCUUCGAUCGCGCCUUCACUCCAAGGAAGACAUUAACCAUUAUUGGCUCAAUCUGGGCUUUCAGCAUCGUUAUAAACAUCUACCACUUUCUCAUAAUCACGGCAAAAGAUGGAGAAUGCAUCGUGAAGUUUCCUUCGGAGACCGUUCAGGUGGUCUUAGGGAUUGCCAUCUUCUUCUGUAGGUAUUGUUUUCCUACGACAGUGAUGGUGGUCUGUCACAUCCUGACGAUAAGGGAGCUACUCCGAAGGAACAAGCACAUAGUUCGUUCGUCCUGGUGUCGAAGUUCUCGACGAACGCGCCUCGUCCGAGUCCGUCGUCGGGUGGUUGCAACCCUUUUCGCUAUCAUCGUCGUUUUCAUCGUCUGCUGGACCCCCGAUCAGCUGUUCUAUCUCUUCAGCAACCUUGGUGUGAUUGACAGGUCCUACAUUUUCGAAGAGACACACCGCAACCUUCUUCUUCUUGGCUUCAUCACCUCGAUAUCCAAUAUCAUCAUCUACGCAGCGAUGAAUCCCAAAUUCCGCCAGGCCGUGCGGAACAUGUUUCAGGGGUUCGGUGAGGCCUGCCAUCAUGGAUUGUGUUACCAGAUAUAUGAACAUGUGACGAGAAAAGGAGCUUGA